AUGGAUUCUGCGAUUGAAGCCGUGGAACACUCGGCGUUCGACCAUCCGCUCAGCCUCGCAUUGGACGACGACAGCACCAUGGUCGACGUUCCCAAGGAAAAGAGAACCACCGUGCACCAUCAUAAGGAGGAAUUCAGCGAUGAAUUCCUAUUCAAAAAUCGCGAUUUCGAUACAUCUCAGCAGACCACUUCACAUCAUCACCACCACCACUCAAAUGGAAAGGCCGGCUUGGUCGCAGAAGUCGAAGACGAGCUCUUCGGCGGCAAGAGGAAGAGCGGCGCGAGCGACGUGUUCGGUGCAUCGACGUUCGAGGUCACCGAGGCGCCGGUCAAGAAGAAGGUCGAGCCGCCAGCAGUGACCGUCAUCGUGGCCGUCCCCUCUGCUCCCAAGACGGAGGAGCCAGCUCCUCAUGAAGUGGUGGUUGAAGAUGACGGCGAGCAGCAGGUGAAGGCCAUGGUCGAGUUCGAGUCCUUCCCGCCGCCCAUGUCCGAGCGCCAGGCCAAGCGAGCGGCAUCACAGAGGAAGAGCUCCAACCCGCACAAGAGCGCCAGCAACAGCAACGGCUUCUCCUUUGGCCUGCCGUCGCUGACCUCUUCAUCUUCCUCGUCUUCAUCUUCAUCUUCAUCUUCGACUUCGACGUCGUCCUCGCGUAGCGAGGGCAGCGAGGAGCGCGACCAGGUCUACGACAUCAGCAUACCCAUCACACACAUCGAAGAGUCCCCCAACGACGAAGAGUCCUACGCCGUGUACCACGUCGAGUUCUUCAGCCUGUCGUCCACGGAACCGAAGACGGUGGUGAAGCGAUUCUCCCAGUUCUAUAGCCUGCACGAAGCCUUGCGACAGUCGUAUCCGAAUGAAGAGAUGCCGGCGUUCCCCUCGCGGCUGGUGCUGGGCAGUUCGCUCGACCCCAAGAUCAUUGAUGAACGUCAGAAAUAUCUGAAGGAACUGCUCGUCAAGAAGCGCCUUUGGAAUUCGUUCCACAUCAAGCUCUUCUUCAACCUCUACGACCUCACCGGCAAAGUGGCGAUUGUCACGGGCUCCUCGUCGGGCGUGGGCCUCCACACUGCGAUCACGCUGGCGCGCCUGAACGCGCACGUCAUCUUCGCCUGCCGCUCGCGCGAAAAGACCGAGCCGAUCAUCGCCAAGGUCAAAGAAGAGACGGGAAACGACAACCUCGAGUUCAUGGAGCUGGACCUGGCGUCGCUCGACUCCGUGCGCCACUUCGCCGCCGCGUUCACCAAGCGAGCACUGCCCCUGCACCUCCUCGUCAACAACGCCGGAGUCGCCGGGGCGAUGGGCCAGCUCACCCAGGACGGCUUCGAAAUCCACAUGGGCGUCAACUACAUCGGGCAUUUCUUGCUCACCAACCUGCUGCUCGAGGAACUCAACACGACGGCCACGAAGAGCGGCGAGAAGACGCGGAUCGUCAACGUGGCAUCGCGUGCGCACACGGACGCGCGAGACGUACUCAUGAGCGACAGCUACAUGUUCACUCCCACCACCAAGAUCACCCUCUAUCCCGCGUUUGCUCAGUCCAAGCUGGCGGUGGUGGCAUUCACAAAUGAGCUCGCCCUUCGCCUGGAGGGCAUGAACGUGGUCGCCAACGCGGUCCACCCCGGCGCCGUCGCCACAGAGACGAUCUUCAAGCAGGCCUGGAACCCCAUACCGUUCACCGUCAACUGGCUCUCCAAGAAGUUUCUCAUCAGCGAAGAAGAAGGCACACGCCGCCUCCCGCUCCCGCUUCUGCUCCGACUGUGCUCGGUGUCGUGUCGCGCCCGCUGCUCGCUGUUCGCGGCCCUGGCCGAGGAGACCGCGUCGGUGCGCGGACGCUACUUCGAGAACUGCAUCGAACGGCCGCCCAACCCGGUGAGCCACAACCGAGGGCUCAUGACCCAGCUGUGGGAACACAGCGAGGCGUGGACCGGUCUUGCCGAGUGA